AUGUCUCUCCCCACCGUCAACCCCUCGGUCGAGUCUUUCGCUUCGGACGAAACCCACAUUGAAUUCCCCUCUAUCAUGGUUGAGGAAGAGAAGAAGUACUCUUCGGAGCCCCACUUCAUCGCUCCUCUCCCCGCCCUUCCCUACCUGAAGGCUGGCAGCUUCCCGGAAUCGCCCUUCAACAACACCCCUGCUUCCCCCUACCUCAACAGGGCUUCCACCUUCGACUUGGACUCUGGCUGGCGCCGCCGCCAGGCCAUCCUUCGUGGUGAGAAGCGCAAGGUCAAGCUCACUAAGGGUCACUUCAUCGCCGAGUACCGCGUCCCUACUGCCGUCCACAAUGCCAUGGAGAAGAAGUACACCUGCACCAAGUCAACUGAAUUCUCCCACAUGCGCUACACUGCCGCCACCUGCGACCCCGAUGACUUCACUGAGGCCAACGGCUGGUCGCUCCGCCCCAAGAUGUACGGCCGCGAGACCGAGCUCUUGAUCGCCGUCACCUCCUACAACGAGGACAAGGCCCUCUACGCCCGCACCCUCCACGGUGUCAUGCUCAACAUCCGUGACAUCUGCAAGACCCAGAAGUCCAAGUACUGGCGCUCUUGCGCUGAGGAGGGCACCCCCGCCUGGACCAAGAUCACCGUCGCCCUCGUCGUCGACGGCCUCGACAACAUGGACAAGUCCGUUUUGGACCUCCUCGCCACCGUCGGCGUUUACCAGGACGGUAUCAUGAAGAAGAAGGUUGAUGGCAAGGACACUGUUGCCCAUAUCUUCGAGUACACCACCCAGCUCUCUGUUGAUGACAAGCCCCAGCUUGUCCUCCCCCAGGAGAACGACGAUGGCUCCAACCUUGUCCCCGUCCAGAUCAUCCUCGUCGUCAAGGCUAAGAACCAGAAGAAGAUCAACUCCCACCGCUGGCUCUUCAACGCCCUUGGCCGCCAAUUGAACCCCGAGAUCUGCGUCUUGAUCGAUGCCGGUACCAAGCCCGGUUACAAGGCCAUCUACCACCUCUGGGAGGCUUUCUACAACAACGAGAACCUCGGCGGCUGCGCUGGCGAGAUCUACGCCAUGGGCGGCAAGCGCCUCCUCAACCCCCUCGUUGCUGCUCAGAACUUUGAGUACAAGAUGUCCAACAUCCUCGACAAGCCUUUCGAGAGCUCCUUCGGCUACGUCUCCGUCCUCCCCGGUGCCUUCAGCGCCUACCGCUACCGCGCUAUCCAGGGCCGCCCCCUCGAGCAGUACUUCCACGGAGACCACUCCCUCGCCGAUCGUCUCGGUGAGCACGGUAUCAAUGGCAUGUCCAUCUUCCAGAAGAACAUGUUCUUGGCUGAGGAUCGCAUCCUCUGCUUUGAGCUCAUGGCCAAGCGUGGCGAGAAGUGGACUCUUGGAUAUGUCAAGGACAGCAAGGCUGAGACUGAUGUCCCUGAGACCGCCCCCGAGCUCAUUGGACAGCGCCGCCGCUGGCUCAAUGGCUCCUUCGCUGCCUCCAUCUACGCCCUUGUUCACUUCUGGCGUGUCUACCAGUCCGGCCACAACUUUGUCCGCAUCUUCUUCUUCCACAUCCAGGCCUUGUUCAACGCUUUCAACUUGUUCUUCUCUUGGUUCGCUCUCGCCAACUUGUGGUUGACUUUCAGCAUCAUCAUCGACUUGCUCCCUGCCAACAUCAAGGGUGCCAACCUCGUCUUCUUCCACUGGUUCCACCUCGUCCUCAAGUACAUCUACCUCGGCUUUUUGGCGAUGCAGUUCAUCCUCGCUCUCGGCAACCGACCCAAGUCUGAGCGUGUCGCGUACACUGCUUCUUUCUAUGUGUUCUCGAUCCUCUCGGUCUACCUCAUCUUCUCUUCCCUCUGGUUGACUGCUUCUUCUUUCAUCAGCCUUGAAUCCGACAUUGCCCGCCACAACUACAAGAACACUCUUGAGGCUCUCAAGGGCAUGUUCGAGACCCCCAUUGGCCCCCUCACCGCUGCCAUCGUCUCCACCGUCGGAAUCUACCUCAUCGGCUCCAUCCUCUACCUCGACCCCUGGCACAUGUUCCACUCCUUCGUCCAAUACUUUGUCCUCGCCCCCUGCUUCACUAACAUCCUCAACGUCUACGCCUUCUGCAACUUGCACGACGUUUCGUGGGGCACCAAGGGCAGCGACACCGUCGAUAUCCUCCCCUCCGUCAAGUCCAAGGCUUCUUUGGGAUCCAACGAAGUCGUCGUUGAGGAGGCCACCAACACGCAGGAGGACAUCGACCAUUUCUUCAAGGAGACUGUCGUCCGUGCCCUCGCCAAGGUCGAGGAAGUCCAGACGAUCGAGAAGCCCACCAUGGAAGAUGACAACAAGACCUUCCGAACCCACCUCGUCGGUGCUUGGCUCAUCACCAACGCCCUCCUCGCGCUCGCCAUCGGCAACAUUGGCGGAUGGAUCAAUGUUAAUGACCCCAAGAUCACCGCCGAGCAGAUCCACAAGUUCACCAUUGCUGGCAAUGAUCGCCGCAAUAUGUACUUUGCGUUUUUGCUUUAUGCCACGUUCAUUUUGUCGAUGGUGCGAUUCCUUGGCUCCGUCUUCUAUUGGGUUAGGCACUACCUCUUUGCGUUGUGCCGCAAGAACUGA